AGACCUAGCCUUUGCUAGCUUUCCUGUCAGACCUACGCUUGUAGCCCUUCCUAGCUCUACUCCACACAAGACAUCUGGGUCCAAAUGAACAGACACUUCUUGCUGCUCUUCUCCCUCUUCUGCUUCAUUGUGGAAGCAACAUCACUGAAGUGUGUAACAUGCCACCUUCGCACACAGUCAGACCACUGCAGAAGAGGCUUUGGUGUUUGCCUUGCUCAGAAGCACGAAAUAUGCAUGAGCUUGAGGAUCUACUUCAGUGGCUCUCUCCAGUUAUCAUACAUGGUGUGUCAGAGAUUCUGCAAGAAUUUGACAUACAUGUUCAACAAUCGGACUUAUAUGCAUAAAUGUUGCAACUAUGAUUUUUGUAACUUCAGACUCUAAGAUACUCCACCCCCAACCUCAUUCUAGAAGAUCCCAGAUGAUUUUCUUCUUUUACUCUCUGCUUAUCCUGCCUCUCCACCCUGUAUGCAUCAAGGACACGCCUGCUCCAUCCCCAUCAAUCUUCCUGGUUCCUUUAUCUUGGAUCUCAAGUUCAGCAGGCCAUGAUAGUUUUAAACAAUAGAUUUCUCCUAGUACUAGAAUUGGCAUCUUUAUCCACAAAAGAAUCUGUCCCAAGAAACUCUGAACAGUUAGUAAGAUGUGAAAGGGAGUGACCCUUGCACACUUCAUUAGCUUAGAUAGUUGAGUUGGACCAGAAAUACUUUAGUAGAAAAUUUACAAAUAUUUUUAACUGAACCAUGAAUCACCACAUGGUUAAGCAGAAAUAAGACAAAAUGGAGGUAAACACUGAAGGUUUUGCUAUGUGAAUGCAAAGUUGUUUUCUUUGGUGCCCAUCUCAGACUCAGUCAUUCUGACUUUCUUGGAAACUAAAGUACAUGUUCACACGUGUUCACAGGACAUAGUAAACACAAGACUCCUAGCCUCUGUGGCAGUCCUAGAACAAAUAAGGCCAUUAGUAUUCUCAUGUAUGUCAAUACAUGAGAUGUAUGUCAAUAACAUAUUUUAUCACACAUAGUCUCUUUCUUUUCCUAACCUUUCUCCAUCCUUUUCAACCUUUGCCAGCCACCUCUUCACCAUGCAUUGCUACAUGCACUCUCCCAAUAAAAGUAGACUGUCCUUCAAAUCUUUAUCCAAUAUGCCCCAUGGCCCCUGAGCUGUAUAUCCCAGAGCAGACAGCUUGUAAGAGAUCCUCUUUUGUGGUAUAAAUGAGUUAUACUCAGAGACAGCUUUAUCCUCCCCAGGGUACCUCCCAUGAGCCUUAGGUCAACAUGUAGAGUACAUAAUGGACCUAGUAUUUCUAUAAAUAUUAAACUCACUCCAUACA